CUGAGUACAAGGCUGACCAGCCCGGACAUGUUUAACGCGGGCACACCAUCCGGUGCUCCUUUUGAAAGACGCGAUUGAGCAGAGCAGAGUUGGAAAACGCGGUUUGCAAACGGCUUGAUAACCUUGGCGCACACUCAAUCGGAGGAUUUGUGGAGAGUUUCUCAGGAACACACAUCUGCAGGUUCUGCCUUGGAGAAAGAUCCCAGUUCCAAAUACUCCGAUGUCUCAUCCAGCCAAACUUAGGAUCAUUCUUCAGGACCAUGACAUUCGCAAACUUGACUUACCUCAUGGCAUCCCUGGGACUGUGGGUGAACUUGAGUCCAUUGUUAGAGAGACAUUUGGGCUUCAAGAGAACUUAACUUUGCAUUACAAGGAUGCUGAUUUUGGAGAGGAAUAUUUUAGUCUUACCUCAACAAGUGACAUCAAGGACAAAGACACUAUAAAGGUGGUUAACAUUGUUGAACCUCCCACAUUUACUUUGAACUUAACUGAAGUGAACACUUGCGUUGAAAGUGAAUCAGAAAUCUCCAUCCAUAGUGCAGCAACAGAACUCUCAGACAGUACUUCGGUGACCACCGUUCAAAGCAGUUGCUCUACGAGAUCCCAGGAUACACUGAUUCUAUCAUCACCUGAACAUGGGAUUCAGCGAUCAGAGCGGUGGCCAACUGAAUUUCCUGUACCUCGCUUUGCCUAUGACACAGAGCUGAUGCUCACCUCAGGAAAUGAGGCUUACAAGAAGGAUGGAAUUCCACUCAACUUCACCUCAAUCCUUCCUGACAUCCUCGAAAGACUCGCUGAAAGCAUCUUUCAAUAUGUUGCCUAUCCAUCAAGCUCACAGUUUGCAGAUGUUGCUGAGGCAUUGAUUCUGAAGCAUCCUUGCCUCAAAGAAGCAGGAUCAUACAAUGGAUGUUAUGGAUGGCAACAGCGGCUGAAAUACAAAAUGGGGAACUACAGAACCAAACUCAGGGGGCUUGGAUGCCCUGAACUUGAUGUCAGCUCUCUCAGAAAGAAGAGACCACAUGACAAAGCGCCUGCAAAGAACGUCAACAAGCAGAAAAAGUCAGAAGUUAACUAUUUACCCCCUCAUCCACAAGGAGAAACAGAGGAAAGUUUGGAAGGUGAAAGACUGGAGAUCCUUCAUGAAGUGAGGAAGAAGAACAACUGGCAGAUCAUCGAUGAAAAAAAUGGCAAAAACAUUCUCCAUUCGCAGGCAAGAAGUUGUCAAUCAGGAACCAUCAGUCAGUGACCUGAAAGAAAGAUGGCCUGCUCUUUUUAAUGCAGCUCAGAUAAACCAAGAAUUCAGGCGGAUCACCACUGUCAGCCUGGAGACAACAUUCAUGGGAAAGCUGGACCACUACUCCUCAAAAAUAUUGUCCCUGCUGUCCUCAAGAGGGGGCGCAGCAAAAAUGAAGAUUCAGAACUUACAGAACAUCCUCCUAGAGGACAAUUCUGUGGAGGCAAAGAGGGAGGUUGCUAUCCGUGGUUUAAUGGUGUACCUUAGGGAAAAGGAGGAGGAGCUCUUUAAAGAGGAGGAUAGGGACGGGGAUAUUACGGGCGAACUGAUGAAGAUAGUGACAACACGAGGUGGCAUACCUGCAGCCUAUGCAAAGAUCGUCCUGGAGGGAACAGAGGUCCUAACGGAUGUGGAUAUUCCCAGAGCCUGUGCCUUGCUAAUGGGGCUGAUAUACGCACUCAACCUCCGCUACCCAAAAGAACUGAAAAAUACUUUUGAAGUGUUUCAAAAGAUAUUCCUCGAGUUGGAUGAUCUGAAAGCAAGUCCUAAGGUAAUGUUGCUAAAAAAUAAACUGCUGUGCUAAAAAAAGGGAGGAGUUAAAGAAACAUUUCAUCACAGUUCUUAUGUACAUACUACAGUUCUGAUGUACAUACUCUCUUCCUCUUUUCUUAUUAUAUUUAUAAAUAUUUCUAUUUUUAUUGCAUGCUCUUCUAUAUUUCUACUACUUUAUUACCUUAUGCACGGGGGUUGCAAAGAAAAUUUCAUUGAUUGACAUGUGAAUGUCCAAUGAUAAUAAAAACUCUUGAAUCUUGAAUCUUGAAUUUAAGCUGUCCUCAAAUUAAAGAGGAAAUGUUUGCACUGUUGUUUGCAAUGUGUUGUUUACUGUAUAAUAGGUGUACUGUUGAGAGUUUAUUAACUACACCUAGUUCAAUGUAAUGUACUUUUAUACCAAAAAACUCAAAUCAGUCUCAAGAGCAUGACUGUCAAAAUUUUCAGUCUGAGACAGUUUUACAGGGCUAUUUUAUGUUGUAAGUUAUCUAAUUUAUUUUAUUAAGACUACAUUUUUGUGUACAGUUAAAAUGUCAAUAUACACUCAGUCCUGUUACUGUAACUGAGACGCUGACUGAUGUUUGAAUAAACAGUUAAAUCAUAAAA